AUGGAACCGCUUUCAACCCCUGAUCCGGUUCGGUUCUCCAGGGCCGUGGGGCUGCCCUUCAUCGGCUCGAACACAAGCGGCAAGAUUUGGUUGUUUGCGGAAGAAGGUUCUACUUUUGAUAUUGAUUGGGACUCCGAACAAAUCUUUCACGGGAGGCUCAAGUCACAUCGCAUUGCUAGCCCUCUAGCUAUCUCGGCCGUGUACGCCAAAUGCACAAGAUCUGAGAGAUACCUUCUGUGGGAUAAGAUGAGAGAGAUCGCUGGAACCCUCGAGGGAAUACCAUGGAUUAUAGGUGGUGACUUCAACACCAUUCUAUCCCACCGGGAUAGAAUUGGGAGCGACACCAACCGGCAGGCCGAGAUGGUCGAUUUUGCGGAGGCAAUUGAGGAUUGCCGACUCGUGGACCCAGGGUUCGAUGGGGCGGAUAGAGUGCUUGUUAAUGAGGCUUGGACUAGGGUCUUCGAGGCAACCCGAGUAACGAACCUCCCACGGAUCGCCUCGGACCACGGACCAGUCCUAGCACGAUGCAAAAUGCCGAACAUUGCCAUCGGGGGGAAGGCAUUCAGGUUCCAGAACAUGUGGAUCCGACAUGAGGGAUUUUUGGCUGUAGUUAAGAAUGCAUGGGGAGAGCCCACUGGGGCGGGCGGCCUUCUAAACAUCCAAAUUAAACAUUCCAGAGUUAAAAGAGCACUAAAGGAGUGGAACAAAGAGGUUUUCGCGAACAUCCACGUCAAUCUUGCGGACAAGUAG